AUGGAUUCCUUCACAGAGGAUAUAUGGGUAAUGAUACUUGCGCGAUUACCACAAAAGAGCAUCAUUACUUCCAAAUUGGUCUGCAAACAAUGGAAAUCAAUAGCGGAAUCUCCGUAUCUCAGGAAGCUCUUCCUCUCUCACCAUCAAAACUCGCAUCCUUCGUGGUCGCUCAUGUGUAAAGAUGAUUCGACAGAAGCCCUCGCUUACUACGGCUGCGUGAUCACGGGUCCUUCACGACCUCUUGGCUGUUACAUCAACUCUUUCGUAAAAGAAAAAUUUAAUUUCCGACAAGCAAGAGUCGUGGCUUACACUGAUGUCGGAUUGGUUCUGAUCCGUGUACUAGUGUCUUCUGACCUCGGGAACAUACUCUUCUAUGUAGCUAAUCCGGUUACACGAGAAUGCGUGGAAACCGAUCCUCCAUGGUUCGAACCCAAAAAAGGUUUCUUCAUCUUAGGAAUCGCCACGCGAACUGAGAACGGCCUCGUUCUAGGUUACAAAGUUGUUCUGCAUCAUGAUGAUCCAUCCCCCUGGGGUAAUGGGUAUGAUGAGAGCUUGAGCUUGAUUAUAUAUUCAUCAGAGACUGGCUCGUGGAGGUUCGAGAGUGUUGACUCUCCUUACUACCGUCACGAGUUUGGCAACUCGAUCAGCGUGAACGGGAAUCUUCACUGGCUCGCACAAAGUCAUGAUGAAGAAGUUGUUGUAUCCAUCGAUUUCUACGGUUCUGGUCGUCACCAAUUCCGUGUCACACCUUUCCCUGAUUUAGAAACAUCUCCAAGAUACAAGAGAUCUUGCACAACUUCUCAAGGAUAUCUCAUGUAUAUGAACGUUGGCAAAGAUGAUGGUAGGUUAAGGGUAUGGAGGUUAAAGAGUGCAGGAUGGCAACUAGCAUCUGAAAUCGCCUUGAAGAAGUAUGUUUUUCCCAUAGCAAUAAACCCUUUUGAUGCUGAAACGGUUUACUUUUGGAAACAUUCGAGCCCUCGUUUGUUGUCACUCAACUUACGCACUGGGAAGAAGAUUGUCCUCCACGGCAACUUCGAACGUUGCAGCGAUGGUCGCAUUAUCAAGUGUCAGAGUGAUAAAAAGUACACCGCACGAUCAAACUUUUCAUCGUUUGUUCUCCCAAAAUGGCUGCACCCGAUCCCAAGAGGAGAGCAAGGCGUGUAG